ACAAUGCAAAGGACAUCACGAUUGAGGCGGGAGCUGCAUCUGCUGACUACGGAGCCACCCCCAGGCAUCACCUGCUGGCAGAAUGAAAAUCACUCAGAUUAUCUUCGAGCUCAAAUCUUGGGUUCUGCAGAUACACCAUAUGAAAAAGGUGUUUUUGACUUGGAAGUAGUUGUGCCUUUAAGGUAUCCAUUUGAACCCCCAAAGAUGCGCUUUCUGACACCCAUCUACCAUCCCAACAUUGACUCUUCUGGAAGAAUUUGCCUAGAUGUUCUCAGACUGCCACCCAAAGGUGCAUGGAGGCCAUCACUGAAUAUUGCAACUUUACUGACCUCCAUACAAAUGCUUAUGAAUGAGCCCAAUCCUGAUGACCCUCUCAUGGCUGACAUAUCUUCUGAGUAUAAAUACAACAAGCAAGCAUUCCUGAGAAAUGCCAGACAGUGGACUGAGAAAUAUGCAAGCCAGACAACUAUGACUUCAAAAACCCCAGAUGAGGAGAACCACCCAAGUGAGGCCAACCCAUCCAAAGAUUCUGACACUUCCCAGAAAAGGAAAGGAAAUAAUGUUAGUGGAUGCUCCAAAAAACCUCGCUUAGAAACAUAGAGGCUUUGCUGCUGUGCUGUACCCCGUCUCUGUCAAUGUUUACUUUUAAUUUUACGUUCCACCUCUU